AUGUCUAUCCUCAAAAUUGAUCCAAUUGUGAUUGUGGGCGCCGGCGUCUUCGGGCUCUCGACCGCCCUCGAGCUCAAACAGCGUGGAUACAAUGAUAUCACAGUCCUGGACCGAUAUACGCCUCCAGCAGUGGAUGGAAGCAGCGUAGACAUCUCUCGCAUUAUACGAAUUGACUAUGGUGACCCAGUCUAUUUCAAGAUGGCCCGUGAGGCCUACGAUGGCUGGAAAACAGAGUAUAAGGAUCAAUUCUACGAAUCUGGAUUUGCCCUACUAUCCGAGACAGCAAAUCACGAAUUGAUCACCAAAUCCCGGGAAACAAUUCUAGCUACUGGAGGCCACGUCGAAGACCUCCCACAUGCGACUGAGCUCCUGAAUUCCUACCCUAAUAUACCAUCCAAACUCGCCGGCCUUAGCGGAUAUCUCAACCGACGAGGCGGCUGGGCCAACGCUGCAGGCAGCAUUCAGCAGCUGGCUUCUCGGUGUAGCGUCGAGGGAAUCUCGAUCGUCUCUGGUCCUCGUGGUACGGUCACGUCACUGCGCAAGAAAGGUUUGCGUGUGGUGGGCGUCAACCUCUUUCAUGGAAAUUUCAUGCUCGCUUCAAGGGUUAUUGUUAGUACGGGCGCAUGGACAAAUCGGAUUCUGGACAUAGCCCACGCUGCUACGGGCUCAGGUCAUCCGGUCGGAAUGAUCCAGUUGACACCGGAUGAAGCUCGCUCUUUGGAAUCCACCCCGGUGAUAAUGAACCUGAGCAGCGGAAUCUUUUGCUUCCCGCCAACUCCGGGUUCAAACAUUCUCAAGCUUGCACAGCAUGGGUACGGCUUUGCAAACGAAGUUAUUAUCCAAGAUAGUGGGACCAGCAGGACUGUAUCUACUCCUAAGGUUGAUAGUAAUGUGCUGUCAGGGUAUCUUCCCGAGGACGCCGAUGAAGCCCUACGCGAAGGCUUGCGUCGAUUUUUCCCCAAGUUCGCUGAUCGACCGUGGAUGAAACGUCGAUUGUGCUGGUACACUGAUACUGUGAAGGGUGACUUUAUUAUCGAUGAUCAUCCGACGCUGCAAGGACUGUUUGUUGCUACUGGUGGCUCAGGACAUGGGUUCAAAUUCCUCCCAAUAUUGGGGAAGUAUAUCGUGGAUUGUUUCGAGGGUAAAGCAUCGGAGGACUUACGAGAGAAGUGGAGACUGCAUCCAUCGCCGGGGAACUCGUCCAAUAUUGCUAUGGAGGGUGAUGGAAGUCGGGCUGGUGCUCCAUUGCGAACACUCGCCAGUAUCGAAGUGGCCAAGUUGUAG